AUGGAGCUGGUGAUCUCGGUGCUGGAUGUGAACGACACACGCACCAACAAUUUAAUCAGUCGGUUUACAGCGUCAUUUUGCCCACGAAGAUGCCCAGAGGGGACACUGGUGGCGAGGGUGUGCGCCACGGAUCCAGACUUGGGAAUAUAUGGCGAAGUGAUUUAUGAAUUGAUGGCGGUUCCUCCCUCGGCCUCGGAUGUGUUCAGUAUCGAUGCAAGAAGUGGGGACAUCAGACUAGGGUGCUCUGACUUCGAGACAGUUAGUUUAUACCAUUUCCAUAUUAAGGCAAAAGACAAGGGGACGCCCUCGCUGUCGGGUCACUGCAGCGUUGAGCUGGAAGUGUUGGACGUGAACGACAACGCGCCCGAGGUGCGGGUGACGUCGCUGUCGGUGCCGGUGUCGGAGGAUGCGUCGGUGGGGACGGUGGUGGCCCUGCUGAGCGUGUGGGACGGUGACUCGGGGGCGAACGGUCGGGUGCGGUGCUGGGUGCGUCCGUCGUCGCCGUUCGGUCUGGUGUCGAGGUUGUCGGGGUCGUACUCGCUGGUGGUGCGUGAGGCGCUGGACCGCGAGCGGGUGUCGGAGUACGAGGUGGAGGUGUUGGCGGAGGACGGCGGGUCGCCGUCGCUGUCGGGGAGGCGCGGGGUGCGUGUGCCGGUGUCGGACGUGAACGACAACGCGCCGAGUUUCUCGCAGGCGGUGUACACGGUGCUGACGCGGGAGAACAACGCGGCGGGCGCGGAGCUGGGUCGCGUGUGGGCGCGUGACCCGGACGAGGCGGGGAACGGUCGCGUGAGGUACUCGUUGUCGGAGGCGGUGGUCGGGGGGGGGCGGUCGGCGUCGAGCUACGUGUCGGUGGACGCGGAGAGCGGUCGCGUGUGGGCGGUGCAGGCGCUGGACUACGAGGAGGUGCAGGUGCUGGAGUUCGAGGUGCGGGCGGUGGACGCGGGGGAGCCGCCGCUGAGCGGCAACGCGACGGUGCAGGUGUUCGUGGUGGACGAGAACGACAACGCGCCGUCGCUGCUGCCGGCUGCGGGCGGCGGGGGCGGGUGUGGAGGCGGGAGGGGGAGCGGGUGCGGAUGCGUGGUGGCGAAGGUGCGUGCGGUGGACGCGGACUCGGGGUACAACGCGUGGCUGCGGUACGAGCUGUGGGAGCCGCGGGGGAAGGUGCCGUUCCGCGUGGGUCUGUACAGCGGCGAGGUGGGGACGACGCGGGCGCUGGAGGAGGCGGACGCCCCGCGUCAGAGGCUGGUGAUCGUGGUGCGGGACCACGGGGAGCCGCCGCGCUCGGUGACGGCCACGCUGAGCGUGUCGCUGGUGGAGGGCGCGGAGGCGGCGUCGGCGGUGGCCGCGGGGUCGUCGGGUCCGCGGGCGUCGUCGGUGACGGAGGAGGUUUCGUUGUUGUCGCCGUCGUCGAGGAACGUGUGGCUGGUGGUGGCCAUCUGCGCAGUGUCGAGCCUGUUGGUGCUGGCGGUGGUGCUGUACGUGGCGUCGCGGUGGUCGGCGCGGGCGGGCGUGGUGUCGGGGCCCGGUCCGACGACGCGGUGUGCCGCCAGCGAAGUGGGGAGCUGGUCGUACUCGCAGCGGCAGAGCCGGAGCCUGUGCGUGGCGGAGGGCGCGGGCAAGAGCGAUCUGAUGGUUUUCAGCCCCAACUUCCCGCCGCCGCCCGGCGCCGCGGCGAAGGAGACGCAGCCGGAGCCGCCCGCUCUGCUGGACACGGUCAGUGGCCCUCCUUGUCCCGGCACUCGCCCCUUCCUGCUCCGCCUCCGCUCGUCCAUCCUCUUUGCCCUCCUGGCCUUCCCAUGUUUCUGA